CUGAGCGCUGGUUGAGGUUGUUGAGCGCUGAACGCCGUGGCGAGCUGUGAGUGCUGCUGCUGCUGCCGUUGGCUGGUGCGAUUGGUCGGUGUUAGUCGCUCGCUGGUGGGUUAGUUCGUUGUGGUGAGGCCCCGUCGACUCGUGGGCAGCUUGCGGCAGGAAGCAGCAUUCUCCAGACGACGGAAACUGACCGAGCAGUCUCCUCUGUCCGUUCGUCCGUCGAGACUCUGGCUUCGAGUUCGGCCAGCAUUUGGGCUGGCUUUGGCCUGAGUACGGCCUGGCUUGCCCCUGGCUUGCGUUGCCUCUGACAGCGUUGGCUUGCUGCUCAUAGCACGAUUACUACCGCCGCUGUCGGCUAGGUUGAUUGAAGUCCACCGACUAAGAACAGGUCCAAAACGCAGGACUCAAACUGAAACCGCUUGAGAUCGUAGCCAACAAGUAAAACGACCGAAUAGCAAGAGCGGAGAGUCCGGCCAUGUACGAUUCCAUCGUCGCACCAUUCUGUUGUCUAUAGGUGAUAGAGUAUCUGGAAGGGUCUGUGUGCGUUCGUAAUAGAGGUGAAUGAAGUGAUCGUGGUGCUGUGAGGGGCCGACCGGAGUGCAUGUGAUGGGGAUCGCAGCAGUUGUGUACAAAAGGAGCGUAGCCAGUGAAAUCAUAGUGCCGCCAGUGUGCGCAUCGCCCUACACCUCAACGUCGUCGUUAUCGAAAUCCUCACUUUUAUCUUCUACAAUAUCGUGCUGUUCGCCCUAUGCGACGAGAAAUUCAACGAGGCACCCCAAGACGCUGUCUAAAUCCUUGUCAUUACACAGCUCCGGUGACAGAUCUGUGCGCGGUUGCCACUUUCGAUCUUCGCAAUUUGUACGUCGCUGUCGUUAUCACAUUAGUCCCGUGCCCCUUGUUGCGUUAACGGUGCUUAGUAUUUGUGUUUGUGGUGAUAUUAGCGCGCGCGUCGAACAGGAAAUGGCGGCAGUAGGAACCACCGCGUGCGCCAUCCAUUGAAACAGCAGUGUCGAGUCGGGGUUCGCCUACGCUUUGAUGGACCAACGUACCGCUACCAUCAUACGCUGUUCGCUUGAUUCGUGCGUGGAUACAGUGUAAUUACACUGAUAGUGCUGCAUUGGGUCUGGUCGUCGUGUAGCCGAGGCGGCCAGGAGGCCGCGCAGGGCCCAGGGCGCUCAGAGGUACAAAGCAGGGCCAAAUGGUUGAUACGACGAAACCAACUGAACGGAAGAACGUACGGAACAGAAGCCAGCUCUAAGCUAAUAACAAAACGAGCCGGCUAGGACAGGAUAGGAAUACCGAGAGUGCUGAAUGAAAAAUCGUGGCCAAGUGCUACCCGGACAUCGAGUGUCCCUCGACCACUGACGACUGCUUAGCGCUGAAUAAUGCCCACCUGAUCAACUGGCUAACAUAUAUGGGGCAUAAUUUUUGCUGGAUCAACGAAAAGGGCAUUGAAUGUUCACGACUAUAGGAAAGAGAAACAGGCGCCACAGAGAAUUAUCCUAUUCGUGAUAUUAUUUAUAAUAAGAGUAGAAAUUCGAUUGAUGAUUGGGCGCUCUAGUUGUGCUGGUCGCCGUGAUGCUUAUAGUGUUCGGGAUCUUAUAGCCUUUGGAAUUGGUCGCUUUUCUCACUGCUGUUGCUGUUUGGCCCGCGGCUCCCAGUUCACCGCUUCGCGUAAACCGUCGUUCGACACCGAUAAUCAGUACGGCUUGAAGGGAUCCACACGGUCCGGAUGAUUUAGCUGAUCCUUAUUUAUUUAAAGGAUACCUAGUAAAUGACAGGUGGCUAAUUCUCAGAGAGAUUCUUAUCUGAUGACUGAUUCUGAUUCGACCACGAGUUGACUUCGUUGGCGGUGGCGACUUCAGUAAGCUCGUCGCAGCCAUUACCAUUAGCGUCACCAGCAACAGCACGAGCAGCGGUCUCAGCCCAAUUAACAGUAACCACUGGCUCUAUUUUCGGAAUUCGAAACGUCUGUGGCCGCGCGGCUGGGAGACGGACGGCGCAAAGGGGUAACGCUACGCGUCGCACAGUGACCGAGUGGAUGCGGCAACGACAGCGGGAAAGCGGGCAAACCGCGAGCGCCCGCUGAUAGUGGGCGGUCGUCGGGAGCGGCCGAAUAGGCCGACGCGGUCACAUCGGCGAUGGCGGUUAAGGCGCGCACUGGAGGCCAGCGCCGUGCAGGCCGCCUUCGAGCGCUCGUUGGGCCUACAGUACUGGCCCACAGCGCUUGCCACGACCGACAACUUCACCACUGCUACCAACGUCACCAGCGAGAAGCCGCCACUGAUAAAAUUGUCGCUAGUCUCGUCGUCGCCAAUAACGACAACAACAAAGACAGCAGCCACGCAGCAGCAGCAGCAGCGCCAGCUACAGUUCCCGUGCACGAUUCAGGUGGCCCGCAGCAAUACACGCGACUGUCCAAGAGCAUCCUAUUUCAGUGCUGCCACACGAUCGCCGUCAACACCGUCGCCGCUCCCGCUGCCUCUUCAGCCACAUUUAUCGAGCCUUAGGCCUGACGCGCUCGCUCUUCAAGCGGUUCGACAAUGUGGGGUAGCCCGACACUAUAUCGGAUACCCCUCCUGUUUUCCAUAUACCGCCCCGUCGCUCAAUAUGAGCAGCAUCAACAAAAUACAACAGAGAGCUGUUGUUGUUGUCGCCGCCAGAGUCAGCAGUCAGCGGAAAAACAAACAGAAACGAGAAGACGGAAACGACGAAGAGAAGAAGGCAGCGGCUUGCAGCGCCACAGUGGUCAACGUAGCCAACGGUACCGUCAGUUUGGUCAGCUCGAACGUGAGGAGCGAACACGCGAAUGUCGAAUGCGUCAAGUCUGCCAGUGUUGGCGCCACCACAUGGCGUACGGGAUCAGGAAUUUGCGCCCCUCCACGAAAGGGGAGCAGCCCCUUAACGCGAGGGUGGCAAACGAAGUUGAUACAGGUAGCGAACGACGACAAAACGGUACAGCCAGUGAAUUGGAGGCGGAAAUGGUGGAUGAAGAGAAACGUGACAACGAGGAAGCAGAUAAAAAGAAAAACGUGGACGAACUCGAAAAUAAACCCGGGAUCGAAAGUACCGGAAACGGUCCCGGAGAAUACCACAACUUUUUCUCGGAUCGCGAAUCACGACGGCGCGCUAUUAUGGCCAGAAGUGGAAGCAGUGACGAGCAAUCACGACCAUGGCGAAGAAUCUCUGUUGAUGCAGCAAGUGACAAUGGCGGCAGACAUCGAAAAAUAUCAAUCGGUCGAUCGUCGCGACACAUGCCACCGGCAUGGACACUAUCGUCAACACAGUAUUCGACCUGGACGGCCUACAUGGUUCCAUCAUCAAAUGCCGUCGAGCCGCUACCCGAGCCUGCGUGGAGUCUGUGUUUCGACGAAGGACAGGCACGACCUGGGUUGUCAAAAGAAAAUACUCAACGAGCACUUCAAUUGCGUCGAUUGUCACCCGAAAAAUCAUCUAACGGACGAAACGGUGCAAGAGCUACUCAUGCUACGGCAUUUGUGGACUCUGCGGAACUGUCAAGACUCGCGAAUGCUUAUCCGACCUCAAACACCUAUCAGUGUUCCGAAACAAAUCGAACCUAUCAUUGUCAUAAGCAUAGCAAAAGUACGACAGAAAUGUGCAAAAUCACGACAAAAGAAAGCAGCGCCGGCGCCACCAAUGUCGUCACCGUCCCGACGUCGCUUCGUUCGACCAAGUUCAGCAAACCAUCGAUAUUUUCCGAGCGCAACCGCGCGUGUCUCGUGGGCUCGCAGACUGUCGUGGGUCUCCCGACCGAGUCCGUGGCCGGGUCCAUCACCGCCAUCAAAGUCAGAGACCGAGCGGGGAUCGAAACACCAACAAAUUCAAAGGCUAAACAGCAACAACAGCUGGAGCAGCAAAAAGUAUCAAACAACGACCGUGAUCGAAGUUCCAGUGUCGGCCGCGUGUUCCCAAAAGAGUUUCUGUUACAACUACAACUACUAUUAUUGCUAUUAUCGUCGAAAUCAUUCGACAAUGCACGCGUCAGUAUCUUCGUCAAUGUUAAAAGGAAUACCAGCGUUACUCCAAUACUACGUAGCGAUUUCUUCAAAUGUACGCCUCAGAAGACGACAGCAACAGCAUGACGAAGCAGGUCAGUGGCCAUAUUUUCGAUCAGCAAAAAUUUGCCAACGAAACCAGCGAAAGCGGCAGGAAAACCCGAUACACCGAAAUCAGCAGCGGCAGCAGCAGCAAUGCAUCGGUAAUGAUAAGGAACGACAACCUGUUAGUCACUUGCUGUCUUCUGCUUUAGCUGUCAGUCACGACGUCUUUUUUCCGUAUUUAAAAACUCAUGUCGUACUAACAACAUUAACAAAAGCGUCGUCAGCCAGCAAUCACGUUAAUGUUAACAACAGCGUUGAGGCGACUGGUGAUGCGCUGCCUAUCGAUAGCACGCUUUUGUCGCGACGAUCAGCAAGCGGCCAAACGCAGUCGUUCAGCUUAGACAACAGUUCGAGCAUUUCGUCAUCCAAUAGUUCGUCAAAUGUUUGUCGAGCAACGAAUGUUCAGUGUAGGUAUUUGUUCGACAAGCGUACGCCGGCAAAAUCAACAUUUCCGUCGUUGAUGCUUCCGUCUUUGCCGCCGCCUUCAUCGACGUGUCCGGCCCUGCCACCAGCUUUAAUAUCACUAAGAAAGGAGGUGACGAGCACAACAACAACAAAAGAAUCAUCCUGCGACGGUAAAUUACCAACAGCAACAAUAAUACGAAAGUCAUCCUCAUCAGAGAAAUCAACGUCGACAACAGUAACAACAACUGCAAGAGCAUCAUCAUUGACGCUACCAACAAAUUCACACUUGUGUAACGGCCAAAAGCCUCCUCGUUACAAAGAGUGUACGUCACAUGGACGGGUUGCCGCGGCCCGGGGGACGCUCCGAGCGUUCCGACUCCAACACGCGGUUGUAUACUGCCUUUUGUAUCUUCUUGUCUUACUUGUACCUAAGCCGUGUCAGGGAUUCGACAUCGACAUGCAGCAGCAGCCGCAGCAACAGCAGCAACAACAACAACAACAGGCGAAGUUCCGAUGUCCGGAAACAUGCAACUAUGAGACUCCCGAAAUGCCGACGUUCGAGGAGUUCUGCUCACGGCCCCAACCCCAGCCGCGAAUGCAGCCAACGCCAACGCCGUCUGCUCUGAUCGCGCAGAGGAUCCGAUCUGAUGCCGCGACGCCGGGAGGCGCACGAGGUCAGCCUGCCUAUCCGCAGAUACCUGGUGGCACCGUGAUGCUUCCAAAAAAUGGUAAGUCCCGGGCGAAUUUGUCUGGCGACCGACUAGGGCCACCUGGCAAGAAAGCCCAGUUCAAAGAGUUUAAAGAGCUCACGAGGAAACCGCCCCGCCUACGGGAAACUAAUGAUCAGGAAAAUGAGCAUAAUCGCGAUCAUGAACGAGACCACGAUCCUGACAUAGACCACGACGCUCGGAUACUGCCAACAGGCCAUGAUUCCACCGGAAGAAGCAUUCCGGUGGCUGUACCUGUUCCAUUCUCAGCUGACGAAGAGAGUGGUCAACCGAGUUUGUCGGCGGAAAUGGCCCCACGGACGAUGCAAUCUAACAGCGGUGCAUCGAGAGACGCUGUCGAAACAGGGGAGAUCAGGAAUCGUAGACAUGUGCCAGGAGUAGAGGCGGACCCGCCACUUCCACCGGCGUCGCAGACGGGUCUCGAAAGUUUGGGGGGAGCAUCCCAAGACGAUCAUGGCGACCCUAACAAUAAUAAUAGUAAGAGAAAAAAUCGAAACGGCAGCGCCAGUGAAAGCAGACCGAAGAUCAGCGGCGUCGAGAAGCCGUUAGACGUUGGAAGCGCUGCGUUGACGAGUCUGGCCCGCUCGAAGAUCAAAUCUGUGGUCGCAGCUAAAGAGGACAAAGAGCAUGAGUCACUUCUGUUGAUGGACGAACCGACGUCGACGGAUAGCGCUAAUGGUGGCAAUCGCGUGCCACGUCUCCGGAUCUGUGAGCAUAUCUCACCUGAUAUGCUGCUGGAUCGGAAAAGAUUUUGUAACGCCUCCCUCGAGGAACGCAGUAAAAUGUGGGACCGAUUGUGGAAUGAGGAUCGGAAAGCCUGUGAAACCGUAUGCCAGAUGGAGAAACUCUUUGAUAGGUUUGAUUGUAAUCUAAGGUACUCAGUGCGCUGGAGCUGCAGGCAUUGUCAGGACUCGUAUCGCGAGUGGACGUGUGCGAUGCAAUUGCCCAUCUUCCACCCGGUUACGGGGGAGCUUUGGAAACCUUGUAGAAGUCUCUGCACCGACGUUGAGGAACGGUGUCCGCACUUCCAUCCAAUUCAGGGUGAGGCAUAUGCCGGAGAACCAUUGUUCUAUUGCAUCGAUCCAAACAUACCUGAGCCCGAAGAGUACUCGCCCUAUGCUUCAGACGGAAGGUGCUAUCUGGCCUGCUGGCUCAAAGAAAACCCUAAGGCCAGGCUACCCGAAAAAGUAAUUAACACAGACCUGCUUACCUUCACGAAUCCAACAAACAAAGAUGAAGGUAGUCAAGUGUCAAGUAAAGCAUACCAAACGGCUGUUAGCCGAAGCGGCAAAGAUCGGGGCGACAACACUCCAGUGGGAACCCUGGACCUAGAAACGACGUCUGCGUCGCUUUCGCUAAACGGCGUCGUGCUGGACACCAAUACCGAGUCUGGUGAGGGGGAAAACUCAACCACAGAGCGUGAUCAUCAAGCUUGUCCAGCAAUCGACUGGCUUGUCGAGGACCCUUCCAUCGAAAGGGUUGGAGCAGACAACCGGCGAAGCCAGCCCGCUUCUUCAGCGGCGAGUACAACUCGAGGUUCCUCAAAGGGCAUGAAGAUCUUCGGCGCGCUGUGUGUCAUUUUAUACGGCUUCUUGUCAAAACAAGCUCCCUGGUCGGGGCGCAGCCUCCUCGUUGCCUUCUGCACUGUCGUCAGUAUUGCCUGUUUAAUCAGUAGUGUAAGUUUACAACAACGCUGCUUUCACACAGCAGCAACAUAGCGACCGUCCGAACAUCCACGAGAACACAGGGUACUGUUUGUCAGUUAGUCAACAGUCUGCAUGGGGGCCCGUCGCCUGCGCACGCCGUCCGAGCGCCUCUCGCGGGGGCCGCUCAUUCGAGGGCGCUGCCUCAUCUUCUACCCACGUCGUUGGCAUAUAGGCGUAUCGUGCCGCCGCAGGAAUGCGCUUGUGUUACAGGGCAAGAGGAUCAGUCCUGUCGUCGUUAAUAAUGGUGUAGACCGUGUUGCACGCGCCCAUGUACCCUGAACGCCCCUCGGCCACCAGAGACGCGGUAACCUCCGGUGUUUUGCUAAUCGCUAGCUAGCCAAUCAGCCGAUUUUUCUAUGCCAUGCAAAGAGUUUCUAGAACCAUCAACACAGACUAAAACAAACCUGCCUCGAUGAUCCCUCUCUACUGCCAACGCCUGAUUGCCGUUAACCCUACAGCGGCUAAAUUCUUCUAUUACAAAGCGAGGACAAACCAGAAGCAACAAAGACAAACAGACGAGUUGAACGGCAGAUAGUAAAGCAUAUAUAACAAUGAAAUCAUCGGGUGACGGCAUCGAUAACGGUGGCGGCGGCGAUAAACGGCCGAACUUCGCGAUACGCCGUUACGAACGACGUUACAGGGCGAAAAUGCCUAGGCGUCGAUGCGAGCAGACACGGACACACUCGUCCAGCGUUUGACAUUUACCACCCGAAUGAUGAUCGAACAGUGACAAACAGCACGUGGUUUUACCGAUGCAAACGAUAUUGGGAUUGGACACAAGACGCCCUAGUCCGGUGCUACGACGAACCUGAAAACGCGUCGCCCACUUCGCCCACGCAUCUUGUUGAUCCAAAUUAUCCGACGCUUCUAAUUCUAACCAGAGGCUGGUAUGGAAGCGUUCCGGCUAAGAAAAAUUCAAACAGCAAAAUUUCAUCCCAAACAACAUCAACAACAACAAGAACAGUGAGAACAACAAUAAACGCCGGAAGCUUUAGCCCACCUUUCUUGCAUCAAAUCAACACGUUAAGAAUUGUGAUCUAUGCCUAAACAACAUCAAUGAACAUCGACACUUUCCUCAGCCAAUCAUCAUUUAUAGACCUAGCUCUGGAAGUCCCUCUAGCUAACAUCAUCAACUGUUCUUUCGUAGUGGCGACAAGGACGACGAAAACAAAAUUACACUGUCUCUUGUUUCGGCGGCAAAAAAGCAAACUUUUAGGAACAGAGAACGCACUGGUAGUCCCAGUUUGCAUAUUCUAUCCCGACGCAACAAAAAACAAACAAUUUGGACCUCAGGAAACAAUCUAACGACAAUUUAACUCAA